AUUCAGAAGGAACCAUCGCAAGGCGGGGGAGGCGAUCAAAGGUCGAUGUUGAUACAGGAGCGUGUGGCUCUGAUAAAUAUUUGGAAACUUCAAAUACUGAUAGAAAGGCGCGCAGCGGAGGGUUUUGAAAGCUCUGUUUGGAGACAGGACAGAGACUAAGUCCUUGUGGUGGAGCUUUUUUUUCAUACGCUUCCCCCCCUUAAGGAAUGGUAUGGCUUAAGACAUGUGCUUUUCCUUCCCGGAGGCAGCAAAGAAACGUUUUGAGGACGUUUAUGGGGGAAACAGGAUGAGAAUAGACCUUCCCCUUGAAUGAAUUCUUCCUGGUAUCGGGCUCAAGGCAGCUGUCAUCAUCCUCCUCCUCCAUCUCAUCCCCACAACAACAACCCUGCGAGCUUUCUUGACCACUAAAAUGGACCAAGAGUCAGAACUUGAAUCCUCACUGAGCCAGAUCAUGAGCCAAGAGACCUUCCAGGACCUGUGGAAUACCGUGCUGCAGCCGGGCAGUAGCACCUUCCCGGACCCAUGCCAGAUAGAGGAUGUGACCUUGGGCCUGCCGCCGUCGGGCGAGCUUGUCGACCUGUCCUUCCCGGAAGAGGGGAGAUAUUCCAGGGCAGAGGAAGAUGGAAAUCCCAUCCCUCCACUGGAAACUGUGGGGCCCAUCCAGACCUCCUCCGUCCCUUCCACAGAGGACUAUGUCAAUGAAUACGGCUUCGAGCUGGUCUUUGAGCAGUCGGGGGUCUCCAAAUCCAUCACCUGCACGUACUCGCCGAUUCUGAAGAAGCUCUUCUGCCAGCUGGCGAAGACCUGCAAGGUGCUGAUCAAGGUGGACUUGCCGCCGCCCGCGGGCUCCUUCGUCCGCGCCAUGGCCGUCUACAAGAAAUCGGAGCACAUCGCCGACGUGGUGAAGCGCUGCCCCCACCACGAGCGGGCCACGGAGUACAACGACGGCGUGGCCCCCGCCGACCACCUGAUCCGUGUGGAGGGGAACAGGCAGGCCCGGUACAUCUCCAGCGAGGACACGCAGCGCCACAGCGUCAUCGUUCCUUACGAGAUGCCCCAGGUGGGCUCGGCGUACAGCACGGUGCUGUACAACUUUAUGUGCAACAGCUCCUGCAUGGGGGGCAUGAACCGGCGCGCCAUCCUGACCAUCAUCACCUUGGAGACCCCUCAGGGCCAGCUCCUCGGGCGCCGCUGCUUCGAGGUCCGAGUGUGUGCCUGCCCCGGCCGGGACCGCCGGACAGAGGAGGAAAACUACCAGAAGGCGCCUGGCCGUGACAAGAAAUUGAAGAAGGCUCUCCCACAAGGCAGUGUGUCCGAAAACUCGAAGAAGGUUGCAAAGACCGGCACCAACGCCUCUGAAAGCGGAACGUACACUCUCCAGAUCCGCAACCGCAAACACUACCAAAUACUGAAACGGUUACUGGAGGCCCUCGAAUUUCAAGAAUUGUGGCAACCAACAGAAGCAGAGAGCCAAAAGCCAGCCAAGGGGCUCCUAAAAGCCCAAAAACAAGAUGCCUCGCCCAGCUCAUUUAGAAUGGAACACUGCUCCUCUGCAUUUCAGGAAGAAAGCGAUGAAGACGAGGAACCUGGCCCUGUUCAAAAGAAACUGAAGAAGGAAAAUGAGGACUAGCACCAUUCCUAGCCCCCUCCUUUGUCUAAUUUGGACCUUUUCUAUCCCCCACCCAAUCCCACCUGCUUUUCCCAAUUUGUCUGUCUGAGAGCGCAGGUUGUCUGUCAAGCAACACGUUCUCCUGAUGUGGGGGGCUCCUGGGACCACCCGCUAAUCCCCGCAGCUCCCUCUCUGACCACGAGUUCAGGGAAGUAUGUAGCCAGUCUUUCUCAACAUAGUGUCUUCCAGAUGUAUGGGACUACAACGCCCAUCAUUCCCUCCUAGCAAUAUUGAUGGUUUCCCUCACGGUGUCAGCCAGAGGGGUCUGUUUCCAACACCGCUCCUCUUAGGAAGCCAGCAAUACCAAGGAAUCACCACUGCCAUAUUGAUUGCCAGCUAUUAUGGGCUGGCGGUGUUUCCAGCUAGCUGGGCUAGAAAAACUGGGUUGUUUGGGGCUGGUCCCUGCUAGCAGCCCCUUCCCUCUUCCAAAAGAAGGAAUUUUCUAAUGUGUUGAUUUCUGUUCCCCGAAAUCCAAAGUGACACUACAAUUCCUUCCACCCUGCACAGUAUUUAAGCAUCAUGUUUACCUCCCCUCACACCCAGCCCCCUUCUUGUAUAAGUUUUAGUUCCUUAGAUUGCCUUCUGAUUAUUUUUUGUAUCAGCCCAUUUUUUUUUGUACUUUAAUAAAUUUCCUUUCUGAAAA